AUGCCACUGGAUGAGCAUAAUCCUACCCCAUUUGCUUAUACUUCUGGUUUGAUGGGUCGGACAUUGGCGUUGUUAGUAUCCGAGGUGAUCACAUGUCAACUUGGAGGGGCAAGUAUCAAGUAUUGGUACUUCAAAACUGGACAGUAUUCACAACUGGAAGUGUGUAUACGACAACCGCCUGGCAAUAAAGAUCUGAAUACUAUGAGGUGCUAUGACGGUGUUUCUUCAACAUUUGCUCGUCAAUGGAUAUUCCGUGCUGUCGAGCUUCCACCGAUUGCUCAGCCUUUUGAGAUCGUGUUCAAGACGUUCUUCUCCCCUCCACAAGACGUUAUUGCGAUUGACGACAUUGUGUUUGAGGCAACUCUAUGCGGCUACAGUCGCGACCGUCGUGAGAUUCGUCGCAUCGGCUACCACGAUUGGCAAUCGUAUCGGCAAUCGAAACUUUAUAACGGCGAGUUGAUGCUGAUUGUCGCUCAGGAUGUCGCCGACAAUUUGAAAUCUACAACCACGACAACGACCACUACUACUGAACCAGAAACGUCAAGUACUAUGAGUACUACUAUAACCACUACUACUACUACUACUGAAGCUACAGUUCUAGAAGCGAAAAUAAGUGUAGUUUCAACUACUGAAACCACACCACCAGAUCAAGGAGGGCAGAAAACUACAACGACAACGGUUUUUCCUAGUUCCACCACAACAUCUCCGGUGGAUACUGAAAAACAGUUUGCUAAUUUCGUCCAAUUUAUUAAACAAGCGGCUCCUGUGAUUCCCUAUAUUCCAACAUUAGUUCGAUCCUUAUCCGGAUUAGACCAACGGCCUGAGCUUGUCCCUAUAGACGCCCCGGAGUUUCGAAGGGCACCUCCAGUGACGUCUUCUCAUUUUUACAACACAAACCAGCCAUUGCUUACGACUUCUCCGCCUGAGAGUCAGGAAACUUUGAUACAAUUGGCCAAGAAAUUUGGGAUAAUUGAUGAUGAAGUCGAAAAAACUACAAUGGUCAUACCAACAACCCAAAAUCAGAAUCAAUUCGGACUCAAGUCGAAACUAACGGCGGAAUCGAUUUAUCCGCAAAACCUGAUUCAAAAAAAAAUUCCGCUAAGACGAAGUUCUGUGCCACCAACACCAGUAGAGGAACUUCACAGGAAACUUUUUACUUCAACACCACCCUCCCCACAGACCUCCACUUCUUUAAUUGUAUUCAAGCAACCAACGUCUGGAGAAGAAGACGUUGCCGAGAAGCUAGCCGACAUUGCUAAGCUACUUCCAUCAGGGGCGGUUCAGGAUCUCACCGCGCUUCGUAACAUUCCAGACAUUGAAGGACUAACGAAAGGAAUGGAUUUGUCGGAAAUUCGACGACCUGGAGAAUCAUCCAAUAGUGGAGCUUCAGAAGGAGCUGGAGGAGCAUUCGAUAGUGUGAUUUCGAAUCCGCAGCUGUUAGAUUUUGAAGGGAAUGAUGUGAGCAUUGAUACAAGUCAAUUUGAGAUUACUGGACCACCUCUGACGUCCCCAAACAGACCAGUUCACUUGGCAGCUCCAACAAAAUCUAUUGGAACCACUGAUCUUGGAGGUCCAAGGACUGGCGCAACGUUUCGCUCUUUGUGUCCCCAAAUAGAUUGUAACUUUGACGAUAACACAUUUUGUAACUAUGUCACUAGUUCUUCGAAUUCCACUGCUGAUGAUGGCUCAACCCUUAAUAAGUGGAUGUUGUCGGCAAGAAGUGUCUUGAACUCCCUAACUGGAAUCCCGUUGGAUCUUUCAAAAUCUGGAUCCUUCAUUUACGCGGGCGGACUUAAAGUGUCGCCAGAUGAGAUUUUCGUAUUGUCCUCAAAUAAACCAGCCAAAUUUCCGGAGAAUUCAAGACUUGAUUUUUUCGCAUAUCAAGCUGGAAUCCGUGGACAACUUCGAGUAUGCAUUGAUGAUGAUACGAACUGCCCAAUUCUGCUGGAAGGAAGGCACAUUGAUGUAGACGCUCAAAGAUGGAAGAAUUAUUACUUCAAUGUACCACUUGGGGAGCAUGUAAUCCAUUUCAUAGUUGACGGUCUUUUUGACAAUUACGUCAUCGGAUUGGAUAAUAUCCAACUUUUGAAUCGAUUCGGAACCGGAGCCUUAGCUUGCUGA